CCCAAACAAAUCAGGCAACGCAAACUUGUCUUUGCCCCGCCUCGCCGUCUCUCACCGAAUUAAUCAAAUUUGAUUAACCAAUCAAUCAAUUAAAGCAUCCAAACCCGUCCAAAGCCGAAAGCCCAAAUCAACCUCCUCGCCCUCCCCUCCCUUCCCUUCCCUUCCCCCGCCGCCGAUCACGCCGCUCGCCGGAGGAGGAGGCCGCGGAGGAGGAGGGAGCCAGCCACCCGCGCGGCCGCGAGAUUUGCAUGUCCCGGCACGGCGGGGGCACGGGAUGCGUGCCUGCUGCUGCUGCUGCCCGGCGGCGGCCGGGAUCGGGCCGCGGCUGCGCUCCUUCCUCCGCGACUACGACGCGCUCCAGUCGCUCGCCCUCGCCCUCAUCUACCUCCAGAUUGGUUGUGCACUGAUUGGAUCGCUUGGAGCAUUGUUCAAUGGUGUUCUUGUGAUCAACCUGGUAAUUGGGCUCUUUGCUGUUGUUGCGAUUGAGAGUAGCAGCCAGAGACUUGGCCGGACAUAUGCAGUCCUCCUGUUCUUUGCCAUUGUCCUUGAUGUUGCUUGGUUUAUUCUCUUCUCACAUGCUAUAUGGAAUAUUACUCCUGAAGAGAAGUAUGGUCAACUUUUCGUUUUCUCACUCAAACUAGCAUUGUGGAUGCAAAUCAUUGGGUUUUCAGUUAGGUUUUUGUCCUCCUUCAUAUGGAUCCAAAUGUAUAGAUUAGGGGUUUCAUCAAGCACACCAACUUAUCAUGAAGUGAACUAUGACGGAAGAAAUAGUUUCUUGAGUCCAAGAUCAAAUUCAGUUAGAAGGAAUUCCAUGGCUGAUGAUAUAUUGGGUGGUUCUAUUUAUGAUCCUGCCUACUAUUCUUCUCUUUUCGAAGAUGUGCGAAACAAUACAUGCAAUCAUCAGGGUGAUAAACAAAGUGGUAGUAAUGAUAGUGGAUCAACAUCUGCGGGUCAAUCUCCACGACUUAAAUCUUUUGCAAGUAGAUCUUUAAUGGCCAAUGAUGUGGAAGCUGGACUAAGAAGACCCCUGAACUCAUAAUGGAACUCAGUUAUAUACGGAAUAUGUUGCCAACAUAAGAACACCGGGAGCCUUCUGCAGGCCAUUGUUACAGUUGAAUCAUAGUCGUUUUUGUACAGAGUUCAUGUUGCAGACCAGAGGGUUUUCUUAGGAUAAAAGGGCGUUCACCAAUAUACUGUGGUGAUGAUCACAGCUGCUGCGGUGCAUUCUUGACUUAUGCGGGAUUUUCGGUGCCAUUUUGGAGCAUUAUUUUUAGUCAGCCACUUGAGCCAUACAAGUUUUUGGAAGAGGCGGUGGUCCAACCUUGGUGUCUCAGAUUGGUUUCCACAUGCUCUGUGACAACCUUUAUGUCUCAGAUUGGCUACAACUUACAUAUUUGAAAUGUUCUGCAGCACGGGGUGGCCCAUUUUCCAAUCCUGUGUAUUGCCUGUUUCCUCGGCUGCUAAGAGGAUGCAGCUGUUAGAUUUUAUAGACAUGGUCCUACUACGAUCUAUUAAUCCAGUUUUAGCACUAGGCUGGCAUCUUCUUCGCCAUGUGGCGUUUAUUUUUUCACUGUUUAUAACUUGAUAUUGUUAUUUUUUUUUACAAAUUACUCAUCUCUGAAUCUGCAAAGGAGAAAAGCGAAAUGUAAAUUUCGUUUUGUUCAUGAGUAAUUUUUUUUUGAAAUAUUGAUGAGUAAAUUCUUAUUGGUGGUUGAAUUGAAUUGAAACCGUCGUAA